AUGGAUCUCACAUGGUGGGGAGCCCCCACCGCGCCUUGCCGCGGGCCGGCCGCACGGUGCUCACACAGGCGCGCUCCUCUGUCUGCAACGCACGCUGCGCCGCCCACAGCCACGCUCCCGCCGCCGCCGCCGCCGCCGCCGCCGCCGAACCAGUACAGCUCUCCACCUCGCCGGCCGGCCACGCCGAGAGAACCGGGCAGCAUGGCGCUCUAUAACAACAGUUUGACGCACUAUUACGACUACGUCUUCACGGACUUAGCGGACCCGCGCACCAACGACUGGUUCCUGAUCAGCAGCCCGAUGCCGGGCCUCACGCUGCUGGGGGCCUACCUCUACUUCGUGCUCUCCGCGGGCCCGCGCUACAUGAGGCACCGCAAGCCCUUCGAACUAACCAACGUGCUCAUCUUCUACAACUUCGUGCAGGUCCUCAUCAGCACUUGGAUUUUCUGGGAGGGUCUAGAUGGGGCGUGGCUCCGACAUUACAAUUGGCGAUGUGAACCAGUGGACUUCUCCAACAGUCCUCAGGCCAUCAGAGUUGCGCGUGGUGUUUACAUUUAUUUCCUGGCAAAACUGACAGAACUCCUUGAUACAGUUUUCUUCGUGCUACGAAAAAAAGACCGUCAGAUCACUUUCUUGCACAUGUAUCACCACACUGUGAUGCCAAUGGUGUCAUGGGGAGCCACAAAAUACUACCCUGGAGGCCAUGGAACGUUCAUUGGAGUGAUAAAUUCCUUCGUGCACAUAAUUAUGUACUUCUACUACAUGAUGGCAGCUAUGGGACCACAGUUCCAGAAGUAUCUGUGGUGGAAGAAGUACAUCACUACAUUGCAGAUGGGCCAAUUUUGUCUGGCUUUCUUGCAUUCCUUCCAGUUGGUCUUCUAUGACUGUGGCUACCCUAGAUGGUCAGUUUUCUUGACACUACCAAAUGCCAUAUUCUUUUAUUAUUUAUUUAAUGACUUUUAUGGAAAGGCAUAUUCAAGCUACAACAAAAAUCAGUCUGGUGAGGAGAAAUCUAUAAGCAAUGGAAAAGUGGUUGAAGAAAAACAAGAUUCACAUAAUAAAGAAAAGGAAGCAUGAUGAGGAUCAGAAAGGAAACUUUGCCAUUCAUUUUUCUGUUUAUGGCUGUGGUAUGUCGAAAAGCUGCCCAACAUAGACUGUUUCAUCAUCUGAAGCACUGAUUAUGCAGUUGUGUCAAUGAACAUUUUGCAUGUUGUAUUUGUCAAUGCUGCAGAAAUAAUGGAAAAUUAAUUUCUAUGAUAUUUCCAUGGUUUCUGUUUGAAACCCACUGUUUUGUCAUAAGAUGUAGUACAUGUUAUUUUUGUGCUCUCUGUUAGCUUUUGAAUGGAAAAAGGGAAGAACAGUGGACAUAUAUUUUAUUUAGUAUAGUAUUUUUGACAUUUUACUUGUCAAACCAAAGGUUUUUCUGUAUGGGUAUGGUGGUUCAAGAUGUAAUACUGCACCUGUCUGCCAUAUGACUACUUCACAAUACAUUAUAUUUCACAUGGUCUAAGAAACUGUUAUAAAUAUGUAUGAUACUUUGAUUCACUAGCUUUCGACCAAGUAUGUUAAAGAUCAUUUGCCUUAGAUAAUAAUUUUACAAAUUAUAGGAUAAUGAAGAUGAACACACAAUGUAAAAUUCAUUGGAAUGAUUAAAAACUGUACUUCACAUUUCACAUUCACUGAUGAAACACUAUUUGUCACAUAUUUUUACCUUGAUUGACACGCAUAUAAUACACUCAAAAUUCAUUCAGUUAACUUAUUUCUUGCAGCCAUCUGGACAGAUGAAAUAUUACAAAUGUGCCAGUUUCUGACAAAUUUUGUGAAUAGUAACAGAAAUGCCAUGAGUUAUUCUCAAAUUGGCUUCUAAGUUUACUUUUAGUAACAAAACUUCAUUAUGCUGAUAAAAUAAUGAAUCUAUCUUUAUUGUCUUAGAGAUUGAUUAAAAUUUAACACAACCUUUAAAAAACUUUAUAAAUUGAGAUACUAUUUACCUUCCACAAAUAAAAAAAAAUCAUAUUCACACACAUCACACUCUCAUCAUAAAUUGAAGAAUAGCCUUUGGGUUUGUGGAAUGUGUCAAUAAUAAAAAGCUAUGUACACUUUCUUUCCUUUGUUAAACUGCAAAUAAUUAUCAAAAAUAAAUUAUUUAUAUUUCAAGA